AUGGGAAUGGGAAAAUUAGGGAAAAAAGUCGUUCCCGCAGGACACUAGUAUAGACAUCGAAUUUAUUAUGCAUGAAUAUAACCUAUGACAUUAUCUGCAAAAUAUUUUCUUAAAACCUUUUUUUUCUGUUUAUUAAUCAUGAAACUUACGAUGAGAAAAACAUACAUGUAUUCAUCUUAUCAUAAUCUGUUUCUUUACUAUUUCUCUUAUCAUAUUAAAUCUAGAAAAGAUUUAUUUUCACAUGAAUAAAAAAAAUUUAUUUCUCUUUUUUAGAAAACAACAAAUAGAAUGUCGACAUUUACCAAAACCGUAUGGACAAAGAUUAAAGAUGGAUUUGAAUCACCAAAGAGACAAACAACAUCGAAUAGAACUUCAAGUGCACCUGUUCCACCAUAUGCAUCUCGAACAUAUACAUUUAAUGGAGAUGUGCUCAUGGAAAUUGAUCAACGGGAUUCAACUGUUCAUGUAACAUCUUCAUCACAUGAACCACAUCGACCAAUAUUUACGGUUGCUGUUGGCGUAUUCGAUGUUCUAAUGCUUAUUCUUAUGUAUAUUAUUCAACGAAGCACAACUUUAUCAUCGGAUACAUGGAUAAAAAUGGGUGCCAAAUAUGUACCUUGUAUGAAAGCUCUUUCUUCAAAAGCAGAACGUUUAGAAUACAAUGCCGGACUCAAAUCUCGAUGUUAUGCUUUUCUUUUUCCUUAUCAAAUUUAUCGAUUUUUUACACCGAUGUUUCUUCAUGCAAAUGUACGUCACCUUCUAAAUAAUCUUGUCUAUCAAGCCUUAGCUGGCUCUAUAUUAGAAAGAAAAUAUGGUACAAAAAUAUUUGCUAUAUGUUAUAUACUAUUUGGUUUUAGUGGAAACGUUAUGAGUGCAUUAGUCAAAUCAAAGACUGUAUCUGCGGGUGCAUCAGGUGCUGUCUAUGGUUUACUAUUCUUCUGUAUCAUUGACAAUACUUUACGUAUCUUUACUAUCGAAAAUUUAAAAGACAAAAUUAUUCAAUUUUGUAUUAUGCUUCUUGUUAUACCUUAUUUUAUACAGAGUGUAUUUGUUGAUGUGGACUUCUCUGGUAAUAUUGAUCAUGCAGGACACGGCGGUGGUGCACUUAUGGGAAUUUUAGUAUCUAUGUAUUUGUGCGAAAUGCCAACAUUCGUUACACGUCGAGUUCCUAAUGGAGGCAGACGAAUUCAAUUAAUUGCAUUAAUUGCAAUCAUCGGUUACUUUGUCAUCUCAUUAUUUGUUUUUUAUCUACUUAAACCAGUUAGUCUAAAAUAA